AUGGACGACAUCCGCACUUACUUCACAAGCUCGCCUAUGAGGCCCUCCCCAGAUACCAGAGGCACCAUUCUCACAUGUCCUUUCUGCCCAAUCAGACGACGUGACUUCGACGAACUCGAGCAGCACGUGCAGACUACUCACUUCGAUCAGAUCGAAGCACCUCCUGACAGCAAGGACGGCCAGUCCGAUCUCUCAGACGCAGAACUCGCACAGCUCCUGGCGUUUGAGGAAGCAGGUAUUCCAGCCGAGCUAGCACAAGAGCAGCUCCUCAGGGACGCGUCGACAUCAACGCCGAACAACGACUCUGAUGCAGAUCUAUGGAUUGACUGCUUCUGUGGUGAACGCAUCCUACUGGAAGAGAUUGACAUGCAUUCCGAUAUGCAUAAACUUGAGUUCGAAGACGGAGAGGGGCCUGAGGAUCAUAAGUCGAGCGCGGCAUCUUCGUCCAACGGGUACUCAUCAACGUACUCCGAUGCUCCAAUCGCUCCUCCUCAAAGCCUGUUAGCCAGCCUGCCCAACGGAGCCAAGGCACGAAGACUGGGCAAGUCCGAGCUAGGACCUUACGCCUAUGAGGACCGCAUGCCUAAUUGGCUGCACGAGAUGCUCAGCAAUAACGUCGGCGUAACAUUGGAAGAAGUCCAUACCGGAAGCCGAAAAUAUCGAUACUCCGCACUCGCCAACGAGACAUCAUUGCUGAUUCCCAAACUGCAAGCACUGUCUCGAGCGGACAAUAGCGUCAUCAGAUCUGCCUUCUGCAAACCUGUGGUCAAUCAUGUCAGCAAAUUGCCCAAGGAGGGAGGCUUCUGUGGCUAUCGAAACAUUCAAAUGAUGAUCUCAUAUAUCAGAGGAAGCCAUCUGCAGGACAAGUCGCGCAUGUUCAAAGGCAGCUUGCCGACAAUCUUCGAGCUACAGCAUGCCAUCGAGUCUGCAUGGGACGCUGGCUUCAAUGCAGUCGGCAGGGUCGAGACCGGCGGUAUCAAGAACACCCGCAAGUACAUCGGAACAUCUGAAGCAUCAGCACUCUUUCAAUCGAAGGGAAUCGCGUGCCGAGCUGAGAGCUUUACGGACACCAAAGGCUCGUCUGCUUGCGACGCUAUGCUCGCUUGUAUGACGGACUACUUCUCGAAGCGCUCGGAGGGUCGGACAAACCUCGCCCCAGUCUACCUACAGUACAAAGGUCACUCGCUGACAUGCGUCGGCUUUGAGGAGGUAGCGACUCAAGACGGAACGGACACGAACCUCAUGAUCUUUGACCCGAUGUAUCGCAUACCGCAGGGACUGAAGAAAAUGUCGGUCGACGCAUCGAAGCCGGAAUCGAAGUUGCAUUUUCUCAGGGCGUUUAGAUACCCGAGACAGAGGUUCAAACGGUUCAAGGAGUUCGAGCUACUAUUCCUGGACGAGUAG